AUGUCGGUCUAUGCGAGCACCCCUCUCGGCGCUUCCAAGAAGAUCCGCGUGCUGCAUCUUGAGCCGGCGUCGCGGAUCGAAGACGAAUUGCGCGGGACCCUGACCGUUGCAGCCCUCGACGACGACGACGCCAGCUUCGAGGCUCUAUCGUACACGUGGGGAGGUUCGCAAGAGAACCAUUCGAUCCGACUCAACGGCGAGACCAGGCCGGUGACCGACAACCUGCACUACGCUCUGCGACGGCUGCGCAACCGCCGUGCUGAGAGGACCGUGUGGAUCGACGCUCUCUGCAUCAACCAGGACGACUCCGACGAGAAAGGGCUGCAGGUGGCCAUGAUGGGAGAGAUCUACUCGCGCGCCGCACGCGUGCUCGUCUGGGUCGGCGAGUCCGAGAAGGCGGAGCCGGCUGAACCUGGAGUGCGAGGCUCUGUCAAGGUCAAGUAUUGGAAGUUAUAUCGACAGCCGAAUCCCGUCCUGUUCGCACGCCAGGUACGCCACUUCAUCGACGCGAUCCGCAACACGACGCCUCAUUGGUGGGAGCGCGCGUGGGUAGUGCAGGAGGCUGCGUGCGCGAGGCGCCUAGCGGUCAUGUUCGGGCCAUGUGAAAUGCGGUGGUACUGGUUCCACAUGUUGCUCUACGGUAUCUGGGAGGACUGCAUCUACGAGGACGAGGCUACCAAGCGCGCGGUCAGCAAGGCGGACGAUGCCGUUGUUCGGAUCCGAAGCAUCAGGAACCGGCACCAAAAGAAGGAAGAGCAGCCGAUAACAUCGCUGCUAUGGAAUGCGAGACAGUCCCAGGCUACCGUGGCCCACGACAAGAUUUACAGCCUCCUGGCCAUGAUGCCUGCGAGUGAGGCUGGAUUCCUCCGACCCGACUACAAAGAGCCUAUCGAAGAGACUUUUGCCAAGGCGACAUGUGCUGCCAUCCGUGCCGACGCGACGCUCGACAUCCUGGGCUGGAUACCAUUCAGAGCUGCUCCAGGUGCCGGAGAAAAUAGUAGCCGUACCGGUCUCGGAGAUUCCGACGUCGGAGCACAGCUGAGAAUAUGGAGAAAUCCGAGGUUGCCUUCGUGGGGAGUUGACUUCACAAACUUGAAGUACUCGCUCUUCCACACCCCAGUCAGCACCUUGCUGGAAAACGCCUGGGAAGAAGCCGACACAGACGCGACCUAUGUGCAGUAUCUCGGUGGCGGAAGACUAGCGCUCAAAGGCUGUUUACUCGACACUAUCGAUGCGAGCGUUCAGCUCGAGGAGACAGGCAGCAGCCCCUCCCUUGCGGAUGAAGAAGCCUUGUGCGGCCUCCUCGCGAGGGCAUCCACCCUGGCCGCCGAGCACGACCCGGCACGUCUCUUCGAGCGGGGCGGUGGCGGGUCGAGCCGAGAGAAAAAGGACCGCAAGAAGGGGGCUUCUGCUUCCAAGGCGUGGUAUCGACGCGAGCUAGCCAAGAAGAGAGAGAAAGACCACCAAGCAGAUUACCUGGCGCACGGGCUGAUCCUGUGGGAAGAGACAGCCGAUUUCCCGGCAGCUUUCCCCGCCGGGUACGAGCACUCGUGGGGGCUCGCGCUCGGCCGGCACGAUUGGUACGGGCACCUCGAGGCCUACGGGAGGGCGGCGGCGGGCAAGGCGGAGAUGUUCUGUACGGGGAUGGGCCUAGUCGGCGUGGCCCCGGGCGGGAUCCGCGGAGGCGACACCGUCGCUCUUCUCGACGGCGCCAGGCUGCCCGUCGUGCUGUCUCCGCGCGAGGACGGAAACGAGGGCGAGUUUGCGUUCCGAGGCUACGCGUACGUGCACGGCUCUAUGAGGCGAGGAUAUCAGAACUGGCGUCUGCGGGGGCUUGAAGGCGACGAGAGGAGGAGACGGAGGCGCAAGUUCACCCUACGCUGA